UGUUCCCUCAAGUCUUGCUUUUUUGUAACACUAGGGCGGCUUCUAUUUUAUUCAUGCUUUCUCUGUCCCUUUACACGCUUUCCCACUAUUAUAUAAGGGCCUAACCACAUCAACUUCCUCUUGCUACCUCCUUCACAUUAAUUCAGUUCUUCAUCCUAGAAACUAAACACAACAAAGAAACAAGGGAGAAAGAUGAUCAAGUUGAGGUCAAAGAGGUUUUCAAGAAGCAGCUCCAAGGUUGGCAAAGCAGCAUCACCAGGUGAAAAGGAUUGCAAGAGUGUUGUUGGUGAAAUCAAAUGGGAACUUAGGCCUGGUGGCAUGCUUGUCCAGAAAAGGGAGAGUAACCAAGGUGUUGGGGAGGGGAUGAUCACAAUUAGAGUAUCUACUGUGUCACAAUGGCAUGACAUUUCUGUUGAUGCCACUUCAACUUUUGGAGAAUUAAAAAUGAUUUUGUCACUGGUGACAAGUUUGGAGCCAAGAGAACAGAGGCUUCUCUUCAAGGGCAAAGAGAGAGAGGACAAUGAAUUCCUACACAUGGUUGGGGUUAGAGACAAGGACAAGGUACUUCUCCUAGAGGAUCCAGCAAUCAAGGAGAAGAAGCUUCUUGGCAUGGCAAGAGACCAACCCAUUAACAAUCCUUGUUGUACCAUCACUGUUUGACCCUUAUAAUUGAUCAAACUUCUUGUUAAUUACUACUAACUUCAAAAGGAAAAAAAAGUGAAGUAAAGUUUAAUGUAAUGAUGGGUCUUUCUUCACUUUUGUUUGUCUUAGAAUAGAAAUUUAAUCAUGUACUUAUCUUGUGGGUACAACCCUCCCUUGAUUUAAAAAUGUGUAAGAUGAUGCAAUGCCAUGUCAUUUUGCAGAGUGUGGUCUGUUAAUUAAAGUGUUGAUUCCUUCGGUUUU